AUGGCGGCUGCACCAGAGCGAGCUAGGCAUAGCCGUAUGCUGAGCUUCACAAGCAACAAGUCGGAUAAGAGUUCCAAAACCAGCAAGAGCCGUGGGUCUAAGAUUAAGGUCAAUUUGGUCGAGAGUCACAAAGAGAAGGAAGCGAAUCGAGUGCAUACCCACGCGGAUCCGACUCUUGCUAUCAGUGAACUGCAGCCAUCCGCCAUUGCGCAGGGAAAAUCGAAUUUGGAGUCUCUUCGAGGUAUCCAGCAUAAAGAUCGGUUUGGAAAUGUCAUUAAUUGCCUUUUGCGAUAUCCAGCGGAACCUGACCUUUCUAAUCCCACGCGUCAUCGCUUUGAACGUCCUCUUGAUACCAUUCGCGCCUUCGAGGCAGCAGUUGACGGGACCUAUAACAGUCGCAGGCUGUCCUACGUUCGAGAGGAUAGCGUGAAUGGUCAAAGCCGCCCAACUAGCUAUUUUGGAGACCCCCGAGGAAACCUCAGCUAUCCUGCGCACAAUUUCAACAAUCAAAAUGGUUACUUCAACAAUCGAGGCUUCCAGAGACGAGACAGUCAGGCUGAUGCUUACGGCGGAUUCAAUUAUAACCAGCACAACAAUUACAAUGAUAGCCAGGCACCACGCCCCUCUCGACAUACUGGGCGCUCGCAGACCGAUCCGUGGGGCCAUUCACCCAACGGCCAUGCACAACAAAGCCAGUAUCAAACGUACGAUAGUGGAUCUGCUUCCGGCUCCGGAAACCAUUCCCUCGAUCAACUAGCUCAGUCUACAGAUCCAAGCUCCCUUGCCAGUUCCAGAGAAGGCCUACAACAGCAGCAACAACUGCAGCCACAGACCAGUGAAGUUCAAAUCGCUGCAGAUUAUGGUUUCGCAGGAUUCGGCACUGAUCCACAAUUGGUUCCCCCCCAAGGAACUUUCCAACCUGCCUCUACCCAGCCGACCGGUGCAAAUGGUGGAAAUAACGGUGCGCUGCAUGUAGAUACUUAUGCCAGCCAGGCACUUGCUCCUCCUGCUCCACCAGCAAAAGACCCAAAACAGCCCGAAGCUGAACCUGUCUCGAAGAACUCGUUCUUCCAAAAAGCCAAGGGAGCGACUGAAAAACGGAAGAGUUGGUUCAAGAGACUGAGCAAGUCUUAG